UUUGUGUGACUGAAAGUGUGUGUGCACGCACUGGCAGUGUGUAAAGGCCUGCGCAGAUGGACAGCAGCCCUUCCAGCAUCAAGGUCAGGCCUGACCAAGCUUCUCUUUGGAUAAAGCAAAUUCUGUCCAGCUCCUGUAGAGUCUGUCCCUCCAUUCAGCGCCUGUAACCUCAGGAUCAGUCGGCAUCAGUCUCCAGAAAACAGCCUGCAUGAGGGAAGGAGGGACCGACGGUACUCGUCCUCGGCUCAUUUCCUUGGCCCAGGGCUCGGAUCAUGCUUAAGGACAGAGCUGCCUCUCAGAUUUGCGGGACUGACCCUUGAUGGACGUUGCAGCGUUUAACAGCACACAUCAGUGGCUUUAUGACGGGGAGAUUGACAGGCAUUCUAAUGCUGGAGUUGAGGCUUCUUUAUAUAUUUUGCAGCCUGUUGUGUGUUGUUGUGUAGUCCUGUGCAGGAUGCAUAAUGUGCUCUGUCAUCAGACUCAAGAUAUCCACAAUGCCUUGCUCUCCCUUCCGUAUCAGGAGGCCAAAGAAAUUUUGGAGACAGGAUGGAGGAGAGCAUCUCUUCAUAUCUAACACGCUAGAACCUGCUCUGUUCCAGCCAUCACUGCCCCACACCAGCCCUCCGUUCCUCAAGACUACUGAUUUAUUUGCAAUGAUUGAGAAAAUGCAGAGCAACAGAAUGGACGAGCAAAGAUGCACUCUUCCUCCACCCCUCAAAACUGAGGAAGAUUACAUCCCUUACCCCAGCAUCCAUGAGAUUCUCGGCAGAACGGGUCCAUUUCCCUUGAUUCUGCUUCCUCAGUUUGGGGGUUAUUGGAUUGAGGGGUACAAUCACGAGCUGAGCAACGGGACUGACCCAGAGCAGCUCCUGUCGCCCACCUCACGCUUUAAACUGGAGCGCAACACCACUGCUAAGAUCUACAGAAAACACUUUCUGGGCAAGGAACACUUUAAUUACUACACCGUGGACAGCGCCCUGGGCCACCUGGUGUUUUCUAUGAAAUAUGAUGUUAUCGGGGACCAAGAGCAUCUCCGCCUCAUGCUCAGAUCUAAAAUGAAAACUCAUCACGAUGUGAUUCCAAUAUCUUGUUUGACUGAGUUUCCCAACAUCGUCCAGAUGGCCAAGCUCGUGUGUGAAGAAGUGAACGUGGACCGGUUUUUCCCUGUGCUCUACCCAAAGGCGUCUCGGCUCAUCGUCACCUUUGACGAACACGUUAUAAGCAACAACUUCAAGUUUGGAGUCAUUUAUCAGAAGUUUGGACAGAUCUCAGAGGAGGAGCUGUUUGGGAAUAAUGAGGAGAGUCCUGCGUUUGUGGAGUUCUUAGAGUUUCUGGGACAGAAGAUCGAGCUUCAUGACUUCAAAGGGUUCCGUGGUGGGUUGGAUGUGACGCAUGGGCAGACUGGAUCAGAGUCUGUUUACCACAACUUCCACAACAAGGAGAUCAUGUUCCACGUGUCUACUAAGCUGCCUUACACAGAAGGUGACACGCAGCAGUUACAGAAGAAAAGGCACAUAGGAAAUGACAUCGUAGCCAUCGUGUUUCAAGACGAGAGCACUCCAUUUGUGCCAGACAUGAUUGCCUCCAACUUCCUGCAUGCCUAUGUUGUGGUGCAGGUGGAGAAUGCCUGUUCUGACAAUGUCUUGUAUAAGGUGUCAGUAACGGCACGAGACGACGUGCCAUUUUUUGGACCACCCCUCCCCAACCCGGCCAUUUUUAAGAAAGGUCCAGAGUUUCACGAAUUCUUGCUUACCAAGCUGAUCAAUGCUGAAUACGCCUGCUACAAAGCUGAGAAAUUUGCCAAACUGGAGGAGCGAACACGAUCCGCCCUGCUGGAGACGCUGUAUGAAGAGCUGCACAUCAACAGUCAGGCCAUGAUGGGUCUGGGAGGAGAAGAGGACAAGCUGGAGAACGGAGGAGGAGGAGGCGGAGGGGGCUUCUUUGAGUCCUUUAAGCGGGUGAUCCGCAGCAGGAGCCACUCUCUGGAUGCCAUGGGCCUCAAUAUCAGGAAGCACACAGUCUCCAAUAGUCACAGCGGCAGUUUCACCCACAACAACCAUCACCACAUCACCACAGAGACCCCCAAAAUCCCUGGGAUAUCAUUGCUUGUCCCAGGCAAAAGUCCCAGUAAAUAUGGACGCCGCGGCAGUGCCAUAGGAAUAGGAACCAUAGAAGAGUCUUUGAUCAUUCCCGGGAAGAGUCCAACCAGGAAGAAAUCAGGACCCUUCAGCUCUCGACGGAGCAGCGCUAUUGGCAUUGAAAACAUCCAGGAGGUUCAAGAGAAGAACAGUAGGGAGUGCUCCCCCUACACACAGAAGACACCAGACAGUGGACACGCCUCCCAGGACCCCAAGUCUGAAAACUCCUCCAAUCAGAGUUCACCUGAGGCGCUGGUCACUAAAAACAGCACAAGCGUGUAUUGUCGGGCUCCAUCCAUCCCUGAGGCUCAUGACCUGUCUCGCUCCUCAUCCAACGCCAGCAGCUUUGCUAGUGUGGUAGAGGAGAAUGAAACCGAGGCUACAGAGGACUAUGACACCGGGAUGGAGAGUUUGUCAUCUGCGGGCACUCCUCACAAACGUGACUCAUUGACCUACAGCAUGUGGUUGGAGGACAACAUGAGCACUCCCAGUACAACCAGCAGAGGGAGUUCUCCUGCUCCAGGCAAAAACCAGGAGCAGAACCGUCCAGACAUCAGAAUCAAACUCGAGCGACCACAUGACCACAAAUCCACAUCAAACUGCUAGCCACUCCUGCUGGAUUGCCUUGUGGACUCCAUUAACAGUCAGCAUUUUCAUAAGAAAAAACACCUUGGAAAGAUGAGCAAGCUCUGGUUAUUGUUGUGAUGAAGAACAGUGAACCACCAGUUGGCUGCAGGAGUGACAACAUGACCCAGGACCACGAACAUCUCACCAUGUCUGAAAACAAAAAUAACAGAGAGUGGAUUACAGGCAACCAGAGACUUCAUAGUGGCUGUGGCUGUUUUACUUCUCUCCGCUCCUUCAACCUGUCCUCCAGUUCUCCUUCAACCUCAGUAUUGGUCCACUUGCUGUUGUCAUCUAAAACCCUUGUAAGUACAUACAGUAAAUAAAUGAGAACUGUGUUGCUCUGUAGCAGCGUCUGCAGACACUUCACUGUGCUGGUGAAUGACUCAUCUAACAGAUUGUACAGUAUAAGGUCCUAACACUGUGCUAUAAUUUUAUUUUGUGAUCUUUGUCUCAUGAAGGACGUUUCACGCCUUUGCACGAAGAGCUUAUUUCAGCUGAUGCACAGUAGACGCCAAACCGUUUCUCAUGUGCUGAUGUUCUUUUCAUUGAUUUGACAUUUAAUAAGUUACUGUUUGUUCAGUACAAGCCAUGAAAGCUUUGUAAUACAUCUUGUGCCAUUAUUUCAGAGUAACAGCUCUCUGAAAGUUGACGUACUGGAUUAUUUUUUUAAAAAGCAACACAGUUGUAUAGCAUGAAGUGACAUCUUAAUGCAGAAAAAUGAAUGAUUUGUGUCAACUAUAUUCCCUUCACAUUAUGUCUGUGGCUCUGUCCAUUUAAUAUUUUAGUUUUGUUUCUCAUAUGGUUAAGGUGAAGUGCUAAAAGAGAUUCCGUGUUUGGCAUCUUUGCAAUUCGCUGUAUCAUCUUGACAUUUGGAGAAAAUUAACUAAAUAAUGUAUUGCAAAAAUAUGGGCUUGCCGAUACUCUUAUCUAGUUGUUAUUACCACCUGUACCGGAAGGGGGCGUUUUAAUACAAAUCUACAAAUUUUACAUUUGGAUUUGGUUGGUGUCAAAAUGCAACAGUUUGCAACAUUGCAGCUAGACGUUGGAGAUGUCUUACCAACAAAUACAUUCACCUAAGUCAAUGAUACUAAAAGAAGUGUUUUAAUAUACUAUGGCUAAUAGUACAAAGCAAGAUUAACUGUAAAUCUGUAAUCCUUGUCAUGUCUUCUGCUCAGCUUUGAUAAAAACAAUCUAUAUGUUGAUUGUAUUCUGUUUACCAUACGCAGUUUGUGCUAAAUGCUGCAGGGAAUUUGUUUAAUCUUUAGUGCAGUCAGUGUAUAUUAUUGUGGCUGUUCUCAUCUUGUUUGUUACUUUAACUGUUUAAAAGUCUUUGAUAUUUUCCUAAUGUCAACUCAGACCUGUGUCUUUGCUGUAAACCAGUUUAUCCUUUGCUUUGAGUUACAGUUAAUUUGAUCAAGACGGUGCAGAUGAUACUCAGGGUCCAAAAGUAACUCUUGUGAAAUGCUGAAUACGAGUAAAAUGAGACUUGGGAAAGUAAAGUAAAUUGAACUUAAGUGAACAGUUGGCCGCUAGCUUUAGUAGAGACUGCAACAUAAUACAUGGAUAAAUACAUGGAUAUCAGAAAGUAAAAAUCUGGUAUAAUGAUCACAGUCAUACAAACCAUGUACUAUAAUAACUUUUAUUGCUAAGACACCAAAUUAAAAAUGAUGAGGAGAAAAUUUAUAAUGUGGGUUUUUAAGUUUUUUAUGUAAAAGGUGAGGCUUUACAGAGAGAAAGCGAGAGAGACCCGCCAUAGGCAUAUUUUGGAUAUGUGAGAUGUGACUAUAGGUGACCUUAUUACUCAUCUUCACUACUUCAGUAUUCUAAUCAUGACAUUAAACGUGUGUUGUUGCAUAUUUCACUAGUUUUAAACCAUUAUUAUUCAUUGUUAAAAUGAAUGAUAAAAUGAUGAUGUUUGCUUUAAGUUAAAAGCAAAGAACAAUGAACAGAACAGUACAGUUGGUUGGAUUUGCCUUAUUCUAAUAAGUGUCAAAGCAAAUGAAGGGGAAAUCUUUGCAUAAUAUUGUUUUUUAUAGUUUAUGUAUUUAUGAUAAAUAAAUUGACCUUACUGGCUGCCAUUAAACUGCCUUUAUAUUUCCCCUUGCCCGACGCCAUUAAUGUUCUAUGUUGUUGUCAUACUGUACAUACUCAUACAUGCUUGCUUUAGUUCUCAUAAUUAGUACAUCGCAGUGGCAUGCAUAGAAGCAUUGAGUUUAUUUCUCAUGCUGGACUAAAUUAAAGACUGGACGUUAAAGCAUAAAGUGAAAAAGAAUUGCAUCAUAAUGACAACACUAGACAUUGGGGUCAGCUGUGUAUGAACAAAGAAGCUAAGGGAAAUUUGGAAGUUUGUUUAGUCUGCUUUGCGCAAGGCUGUAGCGCCCUCUCGUGGUAAUUCAUAGUUUUGGCAGCAUUUACUUUGAAGUGUCCAAUGCACAUGACUGUAAUUGUUUUCUUGUGCAAUUCCAAUCAAAUGUGACUGGAAAAGAGAGAUGCGGCACAAAAAACAUGCUGUUGACAGGGUAUGAUUUUUUAGACAAUGUUAUGCUUUCCUUUUAGCAGCUGCUGCUUAUGUGACCUUCUCCUGUGCAAUCAUUAUUGUAAAUACAGCUUUUUUUGUACGUACUGCCCAUAAAAUCUGAAACAAAUAAAUAUGUGAUAUUUCAUUGUGAA